AUGGACAAGAUUGAGUCGAGGAGGAGGAAGAGGAAGGGGAGAAGCAGCCAUUGCCAGGGGGGACCGGGACCGGUACCGGCGGGCCUGCGCGCCGCCCUCGCCGCCACGGCCUUCGUUCUCCUCCUCUGCCUCUGCUUCUCCUCCACGCCCGCCGCCAUGGCCCUCACCCCGGACGGCGAGGCGUUGCUGGAGCUGAAGCUGGCCUUCAACGCCACCGUGCAGCGGCUCACCAGCUGGCGGCCAAGCGACCCCAAUCCCUGCGGCUGGGAGGGCAUCUCCUGCUCCGUCCCCGACCUCAGGGUCCAAUCCAUAAACCUCCCAUACAUGCAGCUCGGGGGCAUCAUUUCGCCCAGCAUCGGGAGGCUCGACAAGCUGCAGAGACUAGCUCUGCACCAGAACAGCUUGCAUGGCCCAAUCCCUGCAGAGAUCAAGAACUGCACCGAGCUCAGGGCAAUUUACCUGAGAGCCAACUACCUGCAAGGAGGCAUCCCUUCAGAGAUUGGCGAGCUCGUGCACCUCACAAUCUUGGACCUGUCAAGCAAUCUGUUGAGGGGCACAAUACCGGCCUCGAUUGGAAGUCUUACUCACCUUCGCUUUCUGAACCUGUCUACUAAUUUCUUCUCCGGAGAGAUCCCAAAUGUUGGUGUCCUCGGAACCUUCAAAAGCAGCUCGUUCGUUGGAAAUCUGGAGCUUUGUGGCUUGUCCAUCCAGAAAGCUUGCCGUGGAACCCUUGGCUUUCCUGCUGUGCUGCCGCACUCCGAUCCGCUCUCUUCAGCUGGUGUUUCUCCAAUCAAUAACAACAAGACAUCACACUUUCUGAAUGGCAUUGUGAUCGGCUCAAUGUCAACCUUGGCUCUUGCCUUGAUAGCUGUACUUGGAUUCCUAUGGGUUUGCUUGCUGUCCAGGAAAAAGAGCAUUGGUGGAAACUAUGUAAAGAUGGACAAGCAAACUGUUCCUGAAGGUGCAAAGCUUGUGACAUACCAGUGGAACCUUCCAUAUUCGUCAAGUGAGAUUAUUAGAAGGCUGGAGCUGCUUGAUGAAGAGGAUGUAGUUGGCUGUGGGGGUUUUGGCACGGUGUACAAGAUGGUGAUGGAUGAUGGCACAUCAUUUGCCGUCAAGAGGAUUGACCUCAGCCGCGAAAGUCGUGACAGGACCUUCGAGAAGGAGCUCGAGAUUCUGGGUAGCAUCAGGCACAUAAAUCUUGUCAAUUUGCGAGGCUACUGCCGGCUCCCCACAGCAAAGCUACUCAUUUAUGAUUUUGUUGAACUGGGCAGCUUGGAUUGCUACCUUCAUGGAGAUGAACAAGAGGACCAACCAUUGAACUGGAAUGCGCGUAUGAAAAUCGGCCUUGGCUCGGCUCGAGGUCUGGCAUAUCUGCACCAUGACUGCUCGCCUGGGAUAGUGCAUAGGGACAUCAAAGCCAGUAACAUCCUGCUGGAUAGAAGCUUGGAGCCUCGUGUCUCUGAUUUUGGCCUUGCAAGGCUGCUUGUAGACAAUGCCGCCCAUGUCACCACUGUCGUGGCGGGCACCUUUGGUUACCUAGCACCAGAGUACUUGCAAAAUGGGCAUGCUACUGAGAAAUCAGACGUGUAUAGCUUUGGAGUGCUUUUGCUGGAGCUGGUGACCGGAAAGAGGCCAACCGACUCAUGCUUCAUCAAGAAGGGACUGAACAUUGUUGGCUGGCUGAACACCCUAACGGGGGAGCACCGGCUGGAGGAUAUCAUCGACGAGCGGUGCGGCGACGUCGAGGUGGAAGCCGUGGAAGCCAUCCUGGACAUCGCAGCGAUGUGCACCGACGCAGACCCGGGGCAGCGGCCAUCGAUGAGCGCCGUGCUGAAGAUGCUGGAGGAGGAGAUCCUGUCCCCCUGCAUGAGCGAGCUGUGCUACGAGCAGCACCUGGAGCUCUGA